AUGGUCUCCAGGAAUGUUGGAAAGUUUUCCCUUUUUUUCUAUAUCCUUUUGUUUCUGAUUUUGAGAAUAACUCUGCUUCAGUCAGUGAGAGAAUUAUUUUUUCUGGACUUAGUUCUAGGUAUUGUCUUCUUCAUGCAGACAGGAACUGGUGUACUGGGAAACUUCUUCCUUCUUGGCCAUUUUACCUUUUCUCUCCUAACUGGCAAUAGGCUGAGGCCCAUAGACUCUAUUUUUUUCCACUUGGCCUUGGCCAACUCCAUAGUGCUUAUUUCCAAAGGAGUCCCUCAGACAAUGGUUUGCUUGGGGAUGAAAAUGUCUCUGGAUCACAUUGGAUGUAAACUUAUUAUUUUCCUCCACCGAGUGGCCCGAAGUCUUUCUGUCAGCAUCACCUGCCUUCUGAGUGCCUUUCAGAUUAUUACCAUCAGUCCCUUUACUUUUUCUAUAAAGCUAAAACUGAAAAUCCACGCUUCAAAGUGCAUUUCCCUAUUUUGUCUUUUCUGCUGGAUUUUACAGUUACUGAUACAUAGCUUUAUGAUCAUGAAUAUGCAGAACUUUGUGGAAAGCAGUAACAACACACAGAUGUGGAAUAUAGGAUUCUGUUCAGGUUUUUCCUCAGCCUCAUUGAAAGUUUCAUUAUUUGUAAUUAUGUACUCCAUUUCUGAUUUCUUGUAUGUGGGAUUUAUGGUCACAGCCAGCAGCUACCUGAUGCUUCUUCUGCAAAGACACCAUCAACAAGUCCAGCAUAUUCACAGCUCCAGCCAAUUGUCGAGAAAGUCACCUGAGAUUCAAGCCACCUACACCAUCUUGGUGUUGGUGAGCACCUAUGUCUCCUUCUACUCGGUCAAUUGCAUUUUUUCACUUUAUCUCUUUCAGUUUGUUAAAUAUGACCAGUGGUUGAUUCCCACAUCAGCUCUCUUGGCUGCAUGCUAUCCAGCCACCAGCCCAUUCGUGCUUAUCAGCUCUGAUUCCCAAAUUCUUAAUUUCUUUUACUCACUGUGGAGAAAGAAAAGACCCUAA